GCCUGCGAUUGAGGGUGGGUCGGGGUUAGCUGCUGCGGGCGGGUCGGAGUGGAGAGCUGUGGGAGACCUCCGCAUCUCCUGCUGCCGCCCUCCCUCCGCCACGAUGCCGGGGAUCGACAAGCUGCCCAUCGAGGAGACGCUGGAGGACAGCCCGCAGACAAGAUCUUUACUGGGUGUAUUUGAAGAAGAUGCUACAGCUAUUUCCAACUAUAUGAACCAGUUGUAUCAAGCUAUGCAUCGGAUUUAUGAUGCACAGAAUGAAUUAAGUGCAGCAACACACCUGACUUCAAAACUUUUAAAAGAAUAUGAAAAACAGCAUUUUCCACUGGGGGGUGAUGAUGAAGUUAUGAGCUCCACUUUGCAACAGUUUUCAAAAGUUAUAGAUGAGCUUAGCUCUUGUCAUGCAGUUCUUUCAACGCAGCUCGCUGAUGCCAUGAUGUUCCCCAUUUCCCAGUUUAAAGAAAGAGAUCUGAAAGAAAUACUGACAUUAAAGGAAGUGUUUCAGAUUGCGAGUAAUGAUCAUGAUGCUGCAAUUAACAGAUACAGUCGAUUGUCAAAAAAAAGGGAAAAUGACAAGGUGAAGUAUGAAGUAACAGAAGAUGUCUACACUUCCAGGAAGAAACAACACCAGACCAUGAUGCAUUAUUUUUGUGCAUUAAAUACUCUUCAAUACAAAAAGAAAAUAGCAUUAUUAGAACCUUUACUUGGGUACAUGCAAGCUCAGAUAAGUUUCUUUAAGAUGGGUUCUGAAAAUCUCAAUGAACAACUGGAAGAAUUCUUAACUAAUAUUGGAACAAGUGUACAGAAUGUUCGCAGGGAAAUGGACAGUGAUGUAGAGACCAUGCAGCAAACAAUAGAGGAUUUGGAAGUAGCCAGUGACCCUUUAUAUGUGCCUGACCCAGAUCCCACGAAAUUUCCUGUUAAUCGAAACUUAACCCGAAAGGCUGGAUACCUUAAUGCCAGGAAUAAAACAGGCUUGGUGUCAUCUACCUGGGACAGACAUUUUUACUUCACUCAGGGUGGAAACUUAAUGAGUCAGGCCCGUGGGGAUGUGGCAGGAGGCCUGGCCAUGGACAUAGACAACUGUUCCGUGAUGGCUGUAGACUGUGAAGACAGGCGGUACUGUUUUCAGAUCACCUCUUUUGAUGGAAAAAAAUCUUCAAUUUUGCAAGCAGAGAGUAAAAAAGACCAUGAAGAGUGGAUCUGUACAAUAAACAACAUAUCUAAACAAAUAUAUUUAAGUGAAAAUCCAGAGGAAAUUGCUGCACGAGUAAAUCAGUCAGCUUUGGAAGCUGUCACUCCUUCUCCAUCUUUCCAGCAGAGGCACGAGAGCCUGCGGCCAGCAGGACAAUCGCGACCACCGACAGCUCGAACCAGCAGUUCAGGAUCCUUAGGAUCUGAGUCCACAAACUUGGCUGCGCUCUCGCUAGAUUCUCUCGUUGCCCCAGAUACCCCAAUACAGUUUGACAUCAUUUCUCCCGUGUGUGAAGAUCAGCCUGGCCAGACGAAAGCCUCUGGCCAGGGAGGCAGGCGUACAAAUCCAUUUGGAGAAUCUGGAGGAGGUACAAAAUCUGAAACUGAAGAUUCUAUUCUUCAUCAGUUAUUUAUUGUCCGAUUCCUUGGUUCUAUGGAGGUGAAAUCAGAUGACAAUCCAGAUGUUGUUUAUGAAACAAUGCGUCAAAUCCUAGCUGCCCGGGCCAUCCAUAACAUCUUUCGUAUGACAGAAUCACAUUUAUUAGUCACUUGUGAUUGUUUAAAGUUAAUUGAUCCACAGACACAAGUUACAAGACUCACGUUUCCAUUACCCAGUGUCGUUUUGUAUGCUACACACCAGGAAAAUAAGAGGCUUUUUGGAUUUGUUCUUCGAACAUCCGGAGGGAGAAGUGAAAGUAAUCUGUCAUCUGUCUGCUAUAUAUUUGAAUCAAACAAUGAGGGAGAAAAGAUUUGUGAUUCUGUUGGGCUGGCAAAACAGAUAGCUUUGCAUGCAGAACUGGACUUAGAAGAACAAAGUCGGUUGAUAGCUGCCUCCAGUAGACCAACCCAAGCCAGUAGUGAGGGGCAGUUUGUUGUCCUUAGCAGUAGCCAGUCAGAAGAGAGUGAUUUGGGAGAAGAAGGAAAGAAGAGAGAGUCAGAAGCAUAAACUUAUCCUUGCUUUUGGUUGAUAAUUCCCCCCUUGGAAUUUAUUGACAAUUUCCAUGGUGAAAUGGCACAAAGUAAAAACUAUGUUGAAAUAUCAAGGAGGAGACUAAAGUUUAUAUUUGCUUGUUUAACUUCAUUUUAAAAAAUAAGAUUGACCUUGAUGACUUAGGUUUGCAUUGACUUUUUUACUUAAAAAUAAUAUACAACGCAGUAACAUCAAAUUCUACAUGUCUACAAGAAACCUCUUCAUCGCCCUGAAGUAGAUUGCUGGGGAAUUACACUUACUCAAAACUUUUUUCCUUCAAAUUGUGAAUUUAUUAUCUUACAUUGUAAUUGGCUAUGAGUGUAAGUAAUCAUUUAUUCUUCAGCUUCAGAUAUUCAUGCUUAUGCUCCCUCUUUCAUUAGGAACAUUUUGUUGGCAGUGAGGAAGCUUUUGACUAAAUAGGUUCAAAACCCUUUAUAUAGAGAAUUCUACCAGUUUGCAAAUAUUUGAACAAUAUUAAAUGUGCAAUAGAACUUUUAUAAAAUAAUUAGAACAGAGAUUUUAGACUUAAGGUUUUAAAUUGGGGCAAGUGGUACUGUUGAUUUCAGGGCACUUUCUUGGAUUGCUCCCAUUUCUCUGAUGUACUUCCACCUAAUGCCAAUGGGAAAGAAGCUUAAGUGUCGACAAUUCUAUAUUGAUACAGACAUUGGCAUUUUAUUAUCACAUUCUUAUUUCUCAGGUUGGGACUUCAAUUAUUGCUGCAGAGCAGUAGUGGUUAAAAUAAGAUUUUGGAAUUUAUUAAAAGGGAUUUUUGUUUGUUUAAGCACAUUUUAGAUUAGGACUUAACAUGUAAAGAUAUUGUUACAGGAUAAUACAUUGUAUUUUGUGCAUUGAGUGAAAUAAUUUUUAUUGAAAAUCAAGUGACAUUUCAAAAGAACUUCUGUAACAAUUAUGUUUUCUGCUUAAAGUAAAAAUUCCAAGAGAUUAGUUUAGAAAAUGUAAUCUUUUAAAUUUCAGACUGAUACCACAGUAUUUUCAUAAUCCCAUGUUUUGAUAAAAUACUAAUCACCACUUUAUAUCCACAAAGGCAACUAACUAAUAUAUGACAAUAGAAUAAUUUGCACUAAUUAUUGUAAAUACUUGUACUCUUGAAAUGAGUGAUAGGCCUAAUUCCAUGAAAGAUUGAAAAGAAAUUGAAUGCUUGGUAUAGGAGAGUUGACCAAGGAAGGAUUUUAGCCUGGCGUCAAGGUUAAAAUAACAUUUCUCUAAUGCCUACUUCUAUGUCAAAAUUUGAUUAUUUUUCUUUACUCAGAUUUUAACAUUGCUGAUAGAAAUUAUGUUCCUGUAUUUCACAUGUAAAAGUAUAUAUAGACAAGUUAAAUAUAUUGAAUAAACUAUUUUACAUAGUUAUACAUUUAAAAUUUUCAAGAGAUUUGCCACUAAGACUAAUUUUACAAGGGAAAAUCCUUUUGUUCUUUUUUUAAUAUACAGUUUCUCUUCUUAGUUCUGAAUUAGAAAUAGCAUCUGUUUUAGUUCUCACAAUAUAGUGUGGCCUUUUCACACUGUUUUCUGUAGGAAUGGGUUGGUGUUCUUUUUAUCCAUGUGCCAAAUGGGAAUAAUGAUUACUUGAUCAUCAUUAUUUUGAAGCCUUAUGUUACUGAAACAUUUAGUUAAAAAGUAGAUAUUUACAGAAUACUUUUUGAAAAAAGUUUAUUUUGUGCUUACGAAAGGGAAUACUUUCACAAUAGUUUGUGUAUUAUUCCUUUUAUAGAAAUUGAAAUUUCUUCUUUGGUCAGCAUUUGAUUAGUCAUGGCAAGUCAUACUUUUGAGACCGUUUUGAGAAUUAGUAAGUCUUUUGUUUAUACUAUGUAUUAAGUUGUUACAUCACUUAGCUCAGAUGAAACUUGUCACCCUACAAGGGAGGUGGUCAGCAUUAGGACGCAGUUUUACUAGGCUAGUGCUUUACAUGGUGGCGAAGUGCUCCUGUUUGUUAGCGCUCUGGGUCAAAGUGUAGGUAGAGUUAAGGGUAGUGGUAGACAUAGGGAUGCUGGACAGACUUACAGUUCCUUUUAAGUCAUGUUUUGAUAGGAAUUUCCACAAUAACACACCCAUGUUCAUAGGUCAGACCAAAGCACAUUCCAACACCAAAUAGAAGUCAUGUGUGGGUUUAACAAUCUUAGAUGAUUCACCUUCUCUUCCAUUACUAUAGUACUAUACGAACUAUUCCAUUACUGCAGAUAUUUAAACAUUAACUUUAAUAGACUCCUUUUUGUUUAAAGAAGGCUGCUCAUGGGUUUCUGCACAGUGUUAAAGCUGAUCUUUGUUAACCUUUGAAAUCCCCUCUAGUUCUGGGAUGCUUUGGUGUUAAUUGAAUUAGAUUUUGAGAUCUAUCUCAGAUUCAAAGUUACGCUGAAUGGUUUUUAUAAAUUAACAGAACCGAUUUCUUUAAAAGGAAAGAAAUUAAGUCUAAUUCUGAUAUGCACUCUGCUACCUAUAUGAACAGUACGUUUGUAACUAUAGUCAUGAAGUCAAUAGAUAGGAAACAAGUUAUUUCUUCUCCCUUUUAAAAUUUUGAAAACUUGCUAAUGUACUAAAACUUACCUUGUAUAGAAUCCUCAAAGCCAGUCUAGUUUUUGCCAUGUCUACAAUGAUAACUUUGUAAUUUCAAAAGACGUCUCAGGCUCUACAAUCUAUGGGGUGAUAGAUUUAUUUUACUUUUAUGCUUCAGAAAAGGAUAGUAAGGUGUGCAUAACAUCCUAUGUAACAUAAUCUUGUGUGAUAAAGGCAUUGGAAUUAAUUUUGACUUAUAUAUAGGAACUCAAAGUAUUUAAGAUUUAAAUCCUAUUAUAAAUGCUGACAGACCCUGUGAGCCCAUGUAUUAAAAAACCUUCUAUCUGAAUAAAAUGAAAAUAUUAACAUUGGUUUUAACAACCUCUUAGCAUUCAAACUGUACUUUAAAUGCUCAAACACACUGUAGCAAGCAAGCUUUUCGUUUUAUUUUUGGCAAGUUUCACUUACUCUUCCACGAGAUUAUUUUGUUCUACUUUAAUAAAUAAUACAUAAAAAUUUGAAACUGGAACUAUAUUAUACUUUUUAACCAAUCUCUUUAGGCUAUACCAUGUAAUUUACUUCAGUUAAUAUGAGAACUUGGGAUUAAGUUAUAACUAACGUGCAAAACUGCUUUGUAUAUUUGGUGAUUUUGUGAUGUAAGUGAAUUGGGAAAUUCUUAUUUCACUCAUACUAUUAAUCAUGCAGUAUUCAGUUAAAAAUUAUGCUACAUUUACCUUUAGAAUUGGAUUCAAAGAACUCAGCUUUAUGUAAUGGUGGUAUACAUGUGGGAUGGAGAACUUAUUUUUUCAUUUUGUCAAAAUAGAUAUUCCCUGACGGCUUCAGGAAAUAUGCUGUUAGGAGAUUUUUAAUGUAUAAUAAAAUCCAUGAUUUUUGUACAGUCAUUUUUGUAUGAAAUAUUUGACAUAUAUUCUGAAUUUUAUUUCUCCAAGUAAUUUCAAAUGAUGCUUAUAAACAGUUGGACUUUUUCUUAACUGGUUAUGACAUUAUAAUUACACAUCUAGCCCCACUGCAAUUCCAUAACAGCUGAAAUGAAAAAACAUUGUCACUUACUGAAAAGUAAUACCAAUUCAUUACUGGUGACUCUUUUAGAAAAAUAGACUUCUCAGCAAUUACCCUAGACAUGUUACAGACAAUGUGACAAUGUAUACUUGCUAUGUUUGGUUUUAUUCAAAGAAAUUCUUAGAGUUUAAAGAGACAGGUUAUUGUGCACAACAGCUUACGUGUCUUGGUCCUGUAGUUUUAAUUCUAAUGCAUAUUCAUCCCAUCUGCUCUUUACAGUUUCCUCUAGCACUUACUAAUUCUUUUCUUCUACUGGGAGUUUCUGUUCUAACUUCUUUCGAAUUUUAUAAAAUGUAUAUACACUUUUAGAAGGUCCAGGGAGUGGAUGAAAUUAACUUUAGAAUUAUGUAAUUUAUGAUAUAAGUGCAUGUAUCUCCUAAAUAUAUUUGUAUAUUGACAUAUAUAUAAUUCACCAGUCAUUUAUAAACAGACAG